ACAAUACUAUAUUAUUUCUACCCUGAUUUAUACCCCUUUUUGCAGUUAAAAAGUUACAUUUUUGCUUAUAGUAGUAGUAACGUGACACAAAAUUUCCGGAAAAGUAAGAGUGAGAAACUCUCGACCAACCAAAUUGAACAAUUAAUUUUUUUUUCACCAAUUGACAUAGAACCAAAACAAUAGUAUUUCACUAGAAUUGUCUUAUAGAUUAAUACAUUUUACUCCAUAUCUAAUCAUAAAAUAAUAUAAUGUCAAGUGAAGUUGUACCAUCAUCUACAAGUCAAAACUUGUUAAACGAUAAAUGGGAUGUUGUGUUAUCCAAUGCUUUAAUCAAAACCGGUUUAGGUUUCGGUGGAGGUGUUUUAGUUUCCAUUUUAUUGUUUAAAAGAAGAUCAUUCCCAGUAUGGUUGGGUAUUGGUUUCGGUUUAGGUAGAGGUUAUUCUGAAGGUGAUGCUAUUUUCAGAUCUAACCAUGGUUUAAGAAGUGUUAAGGCUUAAGUUUCCCUUCGUCUCCUCGAAAAUCUUAUCAUCACUAAUCUCAUAAUAUUUACUUUUAUAAAGUAAACUCAAUUCCUAAACAGUAUGUCAUUCGGUAUGACAUUGUUUGAUUAGGGACUAUAAUGAAAAUUAAUGCAUAUCAAAAUACAAUAUAAGUGGUCUACCACUUAGCUAACCCCCACAACAACAUCAAGUCAUAGAAUACAUCAAUAUCUAAAAUCAACUCCAAAUGAAAAACAUUAUUUAUUUUACAUUCAAUAGAGGAAUUGCAAAUUGAAUCGACAAUUCAUUCCUUGCUCCCAACCAACUACCA